AUGCCAAACAAAAUUAAAAACAAACCAACUUCUACAUCAACAAUUGGUGAAAAGAUCGGUAUGAGAAACCUUAACAAAAACCAAUAUAUUAAUGUAGUCCAGAAGAGACUUCGAUCGCUGGUAAAACGACGAGUGAAGUACCUUCAAUAUGAAGAAAUGCUGAAAACGGGUAAUCAGACACUAAAUCAGGAUCAACUUCAAUCAUUGGAACUAAAAGAUAAAGUCGAAUUCGCCAUAGGAGAAUUCAAGUCAAUCAUAAAAAGCUUAAAUUUUGUUGAAAAUGAAGUUCAAGAAACUGAGCAUGAAGAAUCCAUUGCUAAGGCUGUCAAACAAACUAAGGAUUUCUACUUGAGCUCUAUCAUAAGUCUUCUCCAAUUCUUUCGUUUAGUACAUUAUCAAAACGUUAGUAUUGUGCAGUUGGCAGAGAUUGACAAUGAGGCGGUUACCCAUUUCCGCGAUUUAUUAAACCAUCUCGCCGGGGAGACCUUAAUAGAAGAGAAAAAAGAACAGUCGAUUCGCGAAGUUAUAGCUCAUGUCGAGAAAUUGCGUCAGGGAGACGAAGAAGUGGUGCAUAGACCUGUAUCUAUUAAUGGAGCUGAGGAUGAGUCUAUUGGAAUUUCAUACUAUAACAUCCGCUCACUCGCCAUCAACCCACCAAUACCCGAGAGUUUUGACGAGAUUAUCAGUCCAGAGGAAACCGACCAAGACAUCAUUGAAGAAACAAUUCCUAUUCAUCCUCUAGUAGAACAUUCUUAUCCUGAAGAUACUGAAAGUGAGGAGUCCCUGAAUGCUAAUGAAAAUACUGCUACACAGAUCAAUAACAAUUCGCCGGAAAUAUUCGAUGAAAAUUACCAUGAAGACAACGAUAGCCAACAUCAAUUUUUGCAACAAAUCGAUAAUAAUCCACCGGAUUUCCAAUACCCAUCCCACCAUAUCGUUACUGAACAGCAAACACUACUUCCUAAUAAUGAGCCAUCACAGCAACCCGAAAAUUCUGCGGACGACAUUCGCGAAAAUACCUCAGUCACCACCCAAAAAGAAGAAAAUACGCAAUCACAAAAUUCGGCAACCACCACUCGACAAAUUACCAAAAAACUAUCUUCUGUAAAUGAUGAUAAUGAAAUCCCAAAGUCAUCAUCAUCACAAGUAAUUAGUGACCACGAACAAAGUUCAAAAAAUACUGAAAUAUUAGAGGUUCGUUCUGUACCGCCGAAUGGUUUCAAAUUUAUGUUUACGCCAGAUAACUUAAAAGGUGAUGAGUCCUUAGAUGCUAAUGAAAAUACUACUACACAAAUCAAUAACAAUUCGCCAGAAAUAUUCGAUGAAAAUUACCAUGAAGACAACGAUAGUCAACAUCAAUGUUUGCAAAUCGAUGAUAAUCCAUCGGAUUUCCAAUACCUAUCACAUCUUAUCGUCACUGAACAGCAAACGCUACCUCCUCCUAAUAAUGAGCCAUCACAACAACCCGAAAAAUUUGCGGACGACAUUCGCGAAAUUACCUCAAUUACUACCCAAAAAGAAGAAAAUACGCAAUCAAAAAAUUCGGCAGCCACCACUCAACAAAUUACCAAUCAACAACAAUCUUCUGUAAAUGAUGAUAAUGAAAUCCCAAAGUCAUCAUCGCAAGUAAUUAGUAAUCACAAACAAAUUCCAGAAAAUCAAACUGAAAAUAAUAAUCUUACACAAUCAAAUAACCCAUCACCACAGAAUAUUUCUCCAAAGUCUCAAGAAGCAAACAAUCCGUCACCGUUUAGUAACUCACCAAAUCCGGUUCAUUCUGUUGUUUCACACGGCCUGAAUCAGAAUCAACGAAAUGCUGGCGAAAAACUUCGGGAUCCGCGAUCCGAAAAUGGACAAACUCAAAGUUCAAGACCAAUACAACGGCGCAACAACAAUAGAAGAUAUAAUAAUCAACAGCGCCAGACAGAUCGCCGACGCAGCAAUUACACACAAAAUGGGCAGGGGCGAAAUGGACCAUCACCAAGAAAUUCACGACUAAGCCCAAAAAGCCAAUCAUCCCAUUUAUCAAAAACCAAUCUACAACAGAACGAUAGUAACUACCUAAAUAAUGUCACGCCAACCCAAAAAAAUACUGCAUACCCACCCAGAUCGCCGCCAAAAAAUCUGCGAUCAGAUCCGCAAAAUAAAGUUCUUCCUCGGCCAGAACAACCAAAAGAUCCUGUGAACAUACAAUCCACCCAACCAAAUAAUCCACUAGUUCAUCCAUUACCCGGAUACCAACAACUGAUUUUCCCUCCUCCAACAAAUAACAAUAGUAAUAGAAGCCAAGGAGAAUAUCGUAACAUAUAUAGAAGUAAUAAUAACCGAGGAAGCGUCUUCAGAGGAAAUUUCCGAGAAGGAAACAAUGGAUACUUAAAUAAUGGUGGAAAUUAUCAAAUCAAUGGGUAUCUUAACGGGCGUGGAGUCCUCAAUAGAAACGGUGCUGGAUAUCAAGGUGUAAGAAGUAACAAUAAUACUAGAUUCUAA